AUGCGACGGUUCCAGCCUGCGCUUCUCGCGCUUUUCAGCGCCCUCGUCAAUCUAGUUUAUGCGGCGGAGGUCACCUUGUACGACGUCUCCAAAGAUGGCAAGGGGGCCAGUCUCGCGCACAUACAGAGCCGCACAUACUCGCCCCUCGGGACCGCAGAUGACGGUUCGCUCACGACCUAUGUGGGAGUUGAGGAAAUCUCGUGGGUCGACGAACCGUCCGACCCGGUGGAGACCACCACUUACACCUUCGUCGAAGGUGCCUCUUCCUUCGGAUAUACCGACACUGCGCCUGAGACAUCGACGUUCACCAUGACCGUUGCUGGUGGCCGGUCGACCACCACAGACACGGAAACAUGGACCGAACCUGGCGCCACCGAAGCCUGCCAAUUUGACACAGACGCAUCAGUCGGGAGUUGCGUGUAUUAUUAUGCUGAACAGACGGACCCGUUGACAUUCACGGGGUCGCUGGUGCCGUACUAUACGUUGUCGGCGGACGACAACGGCGCCGGCGCUACGAGUGGCUUGCCCGCGUCUUUGGCUGCUCUCUGUUCGGUGGCUGCUGGCGUGGGCUUGGGCGCGUGGAUGACAAUGGCACAAGCCCUUUGAGUGUAUUAUGCUACAUCAACGUCCUGGAGUCGUAUUUAAA